GUUUAGUUCGUGCGACAAAUUUUCCAUAUUCGCUGUCCACGUUUGAGGAAAAGUGAAAAACCCAGUGAACUAGCAUAAGAAAUGGUGAAGUGUUAGCAUAAGCAUACCAGGACAAGUGUGCGGUAACCGAUCACAUAGUGCAAACUUCCUGCCAGCGAGUGAACCUGAUCAGUGCGCGUCGCAAAGCCUAAAAUUUAUUCCCGCGCUCUCGCGGCCAUCCACCCUUUCAACGUAUCGAGGAAGAACCCCUGCGUUCUUACUGUACUACUGUACCGUCGAUGGAAAUGGCCCACGAGGUGGCAGAACUGGCCAAUGAGUUGGCUCGUGCAGUCAAGAUCACCAUGGAUCCAGAAGCAACAUCGGAAGCAAGGAUGGAUGCCUACGUUGCAUGUGAACAGUUCAAAGAUAUCUCUCCGCUCUGCGCCCAAGCUGGACUUUCGCUGGUAACGGGCAACUUUCCUCCCAUAGUUCGACAUUUCGGUUUGCAACUGAUGGAGCAUACGAUCAAGUUCAAAUGGAACAGCAUUUCACAGCAGGAAAAAAUCUUCAUCAAAGAAAAUGCGAUGAAAUUGUUGAACGCCGGUGUCGGGGAAGCGCAAGAUGUAAAUCUGGCGCACAUCAAGGAUGGCGUGGCGCGGAUCAUCGUAGAAAUGAUUAAGCGCGAGUGGCCUCAGCAAUGGACAACACUGCUAGCCGAGUUGAGCAACGCAUGUUCGAACGGGACCGCUCAAACGGAGCUUGUGCUGCUGGUUUUUCUUCGCCUGGUCGAAGAUGUGGCGCUGCUGCAGACGAUCGAAUCCAACCAGCGGCGGAAGGAUAUAUAUCAGGCGCUGACGGUAAACAUGUCCGAGAUAUUCGACUUUUUCCUCCGGCUAAUAGAACUGCAUGUGAACGAAUUUCGAAACGCAACCUCGGUGGGGGAUAAGCAUAAGGCUCUCGGGCACAGUCGUGUUGUCCAGGUUGCACUGCAAACGUUGACCGGCUUCGUAGAAUGGGUCUCUAUCAAUCACAUCGUGGCAUCCAACGGCCGGUUACUCCAAAUCUUAUGUAUCCUGCUUACUGACGUCGAGUUCCAGCAGCCUUCAGCGGAGUGCCUUGGGCAAAUAGCGAACCGUCGAGGGCAGCUGAAGGAUCGCAAGCCGCUGCUGCUUCUCUUCGAGGAAGCUCCUGUGGAACAUUUGUAUCAGGCUGCAACACAGAACGAACGACUCGGAACGGAGGCGUACUACCAGUUCCUGAAGAAGCUUGUUCAAGUGCUUACCGGAUUAGCCUCCCAGUUAACAACUCUGUGGGGUAAAGAGGAUUGCCAACCGAUUCGACCUCAAUGCUUGGCUACCUUUCUGGCUACGGUGCUGAUUUUCACUCGCCAUUCGAGCUACAGCCUCGCCCAUCCGGCUGCACUGAUUUGGACAAGCCUGCUGAAACAUGAGCAGAUUUCGAAGGAGCACAUGGUGCUCGAGUACAUUCCAAAGGUGAUCGAGGUCAUCGGUCCGAAGAUCAUAAAGGUAAACUAUCCAGUUACCCGGCCGACGGAAGUCACAAUGCAUCCGCAAACAUUCGCUAGCCUAGACUACGACGGGGAAGAGGAAUGGCUAGUGUUCUUUUUCCGCUGCAGGACGGAUUUUCUGGAAAUCUUUCGUCAAGCGACGCUGACAUCACCGCUGGUGACGUUCUCUUACUGCGAGUCCUGGUUGAACGCAAGGCUUCAAAAAACGUCCACUACGGAAAGGAAUACCACUUGCACCGUCUCCGAUCCGGUUUACCUCGAGUGGGAUGCACUAACUAACGUCCUCGAUGGUGUAUUGUCUCGAAUUCUGAUGGUCACCGAGCGGCCCUCGGUUGCUGCAGGCCUCCGCUUGCUCGAAGAAUGUUUGAAGGUGGAUUCGACCGAUCCGCUCAUCCUGUCCGUGCUUCUCUCGUGCAUUUCCUCGCUGUUCGUAUUUCUCAGCAUGUCCUCGUGCCAGAUCACGGCGGCAAACUGUGUUGCCAUGACCGGUGUGCAGCUCUUACCGCGUGUUUUGGAAAAGGUUUUCGCUGCCCUCGUUUUCCAGGCUCCAGGCGAAACGCGCCAAGCGCGCUCGACGGCGGUUAAAAACCUUCGAAGGCAUGCAGCUUCACUGAUGGUAAAGAUCGCACACAAAUACCCACUAUUGCUGCUGCCGAUAUUCGACCAGAUCAACACGAGCGUUCAGAACCUCAUUCGGCAACCGGAUCAGUUGAGCAAAGUGGAACAGGUGACGCUAUUGGAGGCGCUGCUAUUGAUAUCGAAUCAUUUCUGCGAUUUCGAACGGCAAAGAGGUUUCGUUGCGGAGGUGAUCCGGGAAGCUGUGUCCCUUUGGGGCUGUCUGUUGGCACCGGCUGUGGAGAAUGCGCACACCUUCAUCGACUUUGUUGGCCUGAACAAACCGUCCAUCGAACCGGGCUCCACUUCUAUCGAAGAUCCGUACAACUUUAACCGGCGGCAGCUCACGUACGCACUGAACCUCGUCCUUGGCGUCAUCAAGCGUUGCUCGUGGCCGGAUGAUCCGGAUCGAUGUUCGCGGGGCGGGUUUGUUGUAGCCCUCACCGAGUCUGGUAACCCCAUCUGUCGUAAUCCGGCCACCUCACACGUAGUGCCAUUGCUAUCGCAUAUCCUUUCGUUGAUGCGCGUCCUUAAUGAGCUCUGGAAGCCUGACGCGUUGCAAUCGUUUACGGAAUCGUUCCGCAAUGCGAAUGGCAUGCAGGAGCACGAGAAAAAGCAACUCCUCGGUGUGUCACCGGUGUUACAGGAUCCGUUCGAUCCAUCGCAAAAGAUGCCCCCGACAGCUUUCGGGCGUAUGCAAACGUUUCUAUCGACUAUUUUCGAGCACUGCUAUCAUAUGAUGGGAUCGGCUGGUCCCUCGCUGGGCCGGGAUCUGUACGCACUUCCUGGCAUCGCCAAUGCGAUCAUUGGUACCGUAUUUUCGAGCCUGGAGUAUGUGCCCGACUUCCGCCUGCGAACCAUCGUACGGGUGUUUCUGAAGCCAUUUAUUUAUUCCUGUCCCCCGGUUUUCCACGAAGCGGUUCUACUGCCAAUAUUUGCCCAUGUAUCACCGUUCAUGUUAACAAGACUGACCGCCCGUUGGCAUUACAUUACUUCGCUCUAUGAAUCGGGCGAGCUAGGCGAGGAUGUAAGUGAUACACAGGAGGUGUUGGAGGAUAUGCUGAAUCGAACCUUUACGCGUGAGUACAUUGAUGUGCUGAAGGUGGCGCUCGUUGGCAGCGCCGUCGAUCCAACGGCAAAUGUGGCCGGGGAUGCUGCCAUGGCCAGCGGUAUGGAUCAUGACGAUCAAAGUAUGGACGGUCCUCCGCAAGCACUGACACGGGCCGCACAAUCGGCCAUGACUUCGGAGGUUAUUAGUGAUUUGGGAGCGAAACUGCUGCGCAACCAGUACACCUGCAACCCGAUCGUUAUGACCGUUCUAAGCGUCCUUUCGUGGAAUGACAGUACUUCCAGCCUGAAAGCGACUUUGCUUAGUGGUCCAAUCAUAAGGUUCUUGGCGACGGAGCAGCUCGUUACGGAACCGCUGGCAUCUAAUAUAAUCAUCGCCGUACUCAAGGCUCUACAGUUGCACGGCCAGCAUGAAUCCAACCAGACAUCGCUCAUUUCACUGGGUGUGCAGGCGUACGAAAUACUGCGACCAAAGUUUCCCAACAUCCUUGAGGUUCUGCAGCAGAUUCCGAACGUUAGCGCCGCAGACAUUCAGAAGCUGGACGAAAAGAUUGCCCUCGGUGGCACCAAGGGUAACAAAAUCGAUAAAGCUAAGAAGGACUUGUUCAAAAAGAUUACCUCGCAAAUCAUCGGCCGCAACAUUGGGCAGCAUGGCAGAAAGGAGGUGAAAAUAUUGAAUCUCCCUCCGAUCGUACCACCACCGAACAAUCAACGAUCCCAUGCGUUUAACCUCAUCGAAACGAAUCAGGAGACUGGGCUAGCGCAUUUAUUUACACGACGCAGCUAGGAGAAGGAUCCUGCUGCUAGCAGUUAGAAGAUAGUUCUUGAAAAAUCUGAUCCGACCCGACGGACGGAUUUUUUGGCGAGAGGAGCAAACAUUUGCUGUGAACAUCAAUGCCAGGACUAAAACCCGUUCGAUUUGUGAAUACUUUCAUGUAGUGAAUGUAUCGUCUUCUAUUGUGUUUAUAUGAAGUAUAUAUAAUUUAGUCCUAUUUUAUAUAUAUUUAUAGUUUGAUAACGUUAGCAUAUUCCCGUUUGGAUGAUAUGUGAACAAGCAGAAUCCUCAAAGGAAAAGCGUUAACUCACGGGAUCGCGUUUCAAAAACUGUUACGUACAUGCAUUUGUUUUUUUUCUGUCUUGUUUAAUUAGUUAUUUAUCAAUUUUGAUAAAUCAGUCAACUUUGAUGUUCGGUUUUGUUUUCGGAACAUCUUUCUGUUCUAAAUUGUAAAACAAGAAUUGGCACACUCCAAUAUUUUUGGCAUGCUGAAAGUCGAAAUGAAAUUUCCUCGUUAUAAACUA